GGAUGCGACGUUGAUGUUGUGCUUCCUUGGGGGUUGUUUUCUGCGCACAUCUGUGUGCUGUAUGCUGUGUGAAGAGGAGAGUAAGCAUAUAUCCCGAUCGGUUGUGAGCUGGAUGCAUCUAUUAGUUUUGGUGGUGAUAUGUUUGGUGGUGUGGUGGUUGGACAUCGCCGAGUAGCUGAGAAAUGGGGAGAGCAUGGGGAGAGCAUGGGGAGACAAAAUCAUAUCACGUGGACACGGGUAAUUUUCCUCGGGCGAGAAGGAGGGCUUGGCAACAAUGGAGGGGAAUUCAUUAUCGAUUGAUCAAUCUUUUUGGACAAGUCAAACGUUAACAUCAACGGCGACAUCAACAACGGCAUCAACCACAACACCACUACCAAGGGUGUCGGCUUUCCCUUCACCGUUUACAAUAUAUGCAUGUAUGCACAUGUACAAUUUGAUACAUAUCAAGUUACUUGCAUCUGCUCACCGCAACUGUAAUAUCUGACAAGGAAAAGCAUAAGGCAUAACUGGUCCUUUUGGACGACGUGCAGAUUUCAGUCAAGUCCAAUCCUCAAUUUCAUCAUCUUCCGACCCUGGAUCUUUAGCCCAUACUUCAAACAAUCAAUACUUCAAACCGCAAAUCUUGCUCGCAAAUCGUACCACACCACUGUAUACUUCAUACUUGGCGCAGAAACCCGCGCAUACCUUCCGCAUUAUAUCAAUCAUGGUUCUCGAACUGCAUAUUUGGGGUCCAUCAUUCGGUUUACCCUCCAUCGAUGCACAAUGCUUAGCUACUAUUGCAUACAUGCAGCAAGUGAUCCCACGUGGUCAAUGGUCCCUUGUUGCUAGCAGUGAUCCAACCCUAAGUCCCACGAAUGAAUUGCCUGCUUUGAAAGAUAGCAGGAAUGGGGCCAUUCAUUGGGUGGGUGGAUACAGAAGCAUCAUCGAUUUUCUCACACAAUAUUCAUCUGGAAAAUGGAAUCUAGAUGCGAGCUUACGGGGACAAGAAGGGGCCGAUUGUAUAGCGUAUUCUGCUUUUAUCCAAAUGCAUGGACAGCCUUUACUGGAUCUCUCACUCUAUGUUUCUUCAAAGAAUUAUUCCGAAAUAACUCGUCCGAUUUUCAACACGAUACAAUCUUUUCCCUUGCCAUAUCUUACACCGCCCCAUCUCCGAAAGGAAGCUAAAAAAAGAACCGAAUAUCUAGGUCUAGAUUCUCUGGAUAUUGAUACAGACGAUGAUAAAUCACGAGACCAACCAAGUAUCAUACCCGAAUCUCUUAGGAGGGGUAAACAAUCUGUCUCAAGUUUACUAAAAGCUUCUCCUGAAACUAGUGCGCAAAUCCGGCUCGAUGCAUUAGCGAGCGACUUUUUCUCUGCCAUCGGAGAAUUAAAAGGAAAUAAAAAAUAUCUUGUUUCACAUGAGAAGUUGUCGAGUCUAGAUUGUCUAGCACUGGGCUUUAUGUCUCUGAUGCUGUAUCCGCAGUUACCACAACCAUGGCUGCAAAAGACGAUGAGGAAAAAGUUUCCAGAUUUAGUUCAAUGGGUUGAAGAGCUGAAAGAUGAGGCGUGGAAUGGUGUGGUUGGUUUAGAUGAUGCACUGCUUACCAAAUCUGGUAAUAGUGGGAAUGCAAAUGCAGUACAACAGAAGAAAGGGAGUUUGCCUUGGCAAGCGCCUGAAGCUCGUGGUAUACUAAAUAUUGGAGGCGUGUUUGUGGCGAGUCUAGCAGAUUCGUUACCGAUUGUGGGACAGCAGAGGAAAGACAAUCGUAUGAGACGGUAUGGUGGCGAAAAGGAAAAGGGUACUGAUGCGGGUAGCAUCUGGAAAUAUGUUAUCACAGCGGGAAGUUUAGUUGCGGCUGUCGGUUUGGUGGCGGGUUAUGCGUUACAUGAGGGUUUAAUACAGAUACCUGAUAGUUGGUCAGGGAAGAAAGACGAUGAGAUGGAGGAGAAAACACAAAGUGUAAAUGAUCUUGGAGAAGCUGGUCAGGCACUUUUCGCCUUUGCGGACCACAUGGAUGAGAGUGUACAGAGACAGAGAGAGUUGGAGAGAAAUGAUAAGCCGACAGUGGAGGUUGACGUUGAUGUGGGACAAAACGGGGCUCUGAGGUAGACUUAAAAAAUAAUACUCGGAGCAUUUUACCUCGUGGUUGAUGUCCAACGUUAUGAUUGAACAAUAGUUCUCGAUAUGAUAUCAUCCACAGUCUUAACGUCUUUGUUUUUCACACCUUGCUGUCCCUUCAUGAUCAUGCAAUCCUAGUAUUCAUUUGGCA